AUGGCAUGGCUGAGCCGCGUGAGAGGGUUUUCUCCGGUGUCGAGGCUCGUCGCCACGCGUCGAUCGUUCGGAUCAGCCGCCGCGUUGGCGUUUGACUACGACUCCGAUGACGAGUACUUGUACGGAGAUGAUCCCCGUCUGGCGGAGCCGAGGCUUGGCUUGGAUGGGUCGGGUCCCGAGAGAGGAGUCCAGUGGGUUCUGAUGGGUGCGCCUGGAGCGUGGAGGCACGUCUUCGCCGAGAGGCUCUCCAAUCUCCUUGAAGUUCCUUACAUUUCCAUGGGAUCGCUUGUUCGUCAAGAGCUUAACCCUAGAUCUUCUCUACACAAGGAGAUUGCAAGCGCUGUGAAUGAACGAAAGCUUGUUCCAAUGGGUGUUGUCUUUGCUUUGCUAUCAAAGAGGCUGGAAGAAGGAUAUGCAAGGGGGGAAACAGGUUUCAUUCUCGAUGGAAUUCCUCGCACUCGUAACCAAGCGGAAACUCUUGAUCAAAUCGCUCAGAUUGACCUCGUUGUGAAUCUCAAAUGCUCCGAGGAGCAUCUGGUAAACCGAACUGCUCUAAAAGAAACAGCUCUGCCUCGACAGGAGUUCCUAGGCUCUAUGUUACACUCAGCUGUUGCCACCAAUGCCCGGAGGGAGAGUCUGGGUGUCUAUGCAGAGGAGGUGAAGCCUCUGGAAGAGUACUACAGGAAGCAGAGGAAACUUCUGGACUUUCACGUCGGCGGUGCCACGUCUGCAGAAACAUGGCAGGGCUUGUUGGCAGCUUUGCAUCUGAAGCAAGUGAAUUUGGCGACUUCACAGAAGCUGACUGUGUGA